AUGGAAUCUUUUGCAGAUUUCGACAAUGCCACAAUUCUGGACCCAAAAGCUCCAGUUGAUGAAGAAGGAAAGCUUAUUGAACGUUGGGCUCCUCUGGGUGCUAAUGACAGCCCUGAUCUUAGCAUGGAUGAUAAUUUAUCCGGAACCGAUAGCGCUUCGUCUGACAAGAUGCGCAAUAUGACCGAGGAACACGAGAUUUUAAACUCUUCAUUACUUCUUUUAACCUCUCAUUUUGCUCAGGUUCAAUUUCGGCUAGAACAAGUUCUGCAAGCAGAUCCAAAUGAAAAGGAAACACUUUUGAGAGAUUUGGAGCAGUUUGCAUGGAAAGGUGUUCCUGAUUUAUCUUCUCUUAAGCCUAUUCAAUCCAACUAUCAGGAUGGUAACAAUGAACCCCUGGAAGAUCAGCAGAAGAAAAAUAUGCCUUUUAUCAUUGAUCAGUUAAAAUCCCAAUUAAACGACUUGGAGCAGUUUGCUUAUAAGUCAGGAGAAAUUGAGCAACCGCCGACACAAAGCAUUCUUGAAAAGCAGCGGCUUGUUCUUGAGGAGCUCGGAAAGCACCUAGGUCUUAAUGCAUCUGAGUUUCCUUCUCUAACGGAGGAGGAAAUUAAGGAGCGUGUAAACGCCGGUCUAAAUCAGCUCACAAAUCCGAUUAAAACGAAUGAAGCUUUGGUAAAUCAAUUGAAAACGCAGAUUAUUGACCUCGAGCGUUUCAUUGAUUUCCUGCAUGACGAGGGGACGCCUGACUCUGUCAUUGUAAAAGCCCUUGAGGCUUUUAGGCGAUCCCAGCAGGAUCAAGGAAGCAAGGCUGUCUCUAGUAGGCAGCAAUACGAAAAAGAUGAAGGCGGUCAGGAUUAUGGAGAAGGUGGAUAUCACAUUGGUUUGUCGCGGCGGAGACCUCGCACGGCUCGGGGCUCUUUUGAUCGAUCUUCGAGUUACUUCUCAAAGUCAAAGAAGGAAAUUGAAAAUCAAAAAUCGGAAGGUCUAAUCACUCGAGCGUUGACUAUGCUUCAAGUUUUUGCGACGAUUCAGUUGGCAGGACGUCGAGCCAAUAUGCGACAGCAAACCGAGAAGCAUACCAAAACUGCGGUGAUGAAGAAGAACUUGAGCCAACCUAACGCGGCCAAGGGCAACCAUUGGGGAGAUAUUCGGGCCAAUUUUGAAAUCGCAAUUGACAUUGUGCUGGAGAAAGCUGAAAAGCUUCGUCGAGUUCGGGAGGAAUAUUUAAAGAAAGUCCAGACAAAGCCUUUGAUGAGUGAUUUGGAGAAUGUUCGACAACCGGGUGAUGGACGAAUGCCAUUGGAAUAUCGUUCUGGAAAGAUUCGUGAUCCUGAAUAUGUGAAGGCUGAGCGUGAUUUGAAUUUGGCUGUUCGAAAACAGUUUUGCCCAGCUCUCGAAGUCCUGAUAGAGCACGGAUCACGCGUUCAUGCAACUAAACAACGAGGAAUGAACGCCGAUGGUACAGGACCCUCUUUUCUGGGCUCUCUUCUUGCUACGAUUGGCUGUUUCUCCCGAAAUCGACUUGAGGCCCCUAGUUAUCCCAACAAAUUUGCUGACUCUAGCGACGAUUCGGAGAGUGAAUGUGCGGAUAAAGAUGGCUCCGAUGAGGAAUCAAGAGAAAGAAAUGACUACGUUGAAUCAGAGGAAGAUAGGCGAGCUCGUAUUUUGCGAAAGAGGAAUGCUCAAAGCUCAGCUUGGGCUAUCUUUCUGAAGUACUAUAUUCUAACGAAUGGAAGAUCUUUCAAUGACACUCCAGCUCGUAAGCUAUCUGAGAGUUUUGCUCUAGAUAUCAUCGGCGGAAAAGUUGUUACUCCGAAACAGCAUCUACUAAGCUCAAUGGGUACGGUCUUGCAAGAGUUCAAUAAGUACAAACGCAGCGAAGCGACGCAAUUCAAGGCUUUGGUGUGCAUAGGUCUCAACACCCAUCGGUUGGUUUCUUGGUUAAAAUUGGUACUCCGCAGUCCACUUAUUGUCCAAUAUAUGUACCAUCCAUGGAGCUACGUGUCUUCCACAGGAUUUGAUGAUGCUCUUCAGUCUCUCAGUAGGCUGUCAUCGAUUGAUUUCGAUCUUCCCUUUGAUGCAAACAUACGUCAUCUACAGAGUAUUAGCGAAGCCUUCUAA